AAGAGGACGCUUUUCAGGACAAACCAUUGGACAAACCCUUCUCCUCGCUCUUUCAUCUCUCUCACGGGGAUCUUUAAUAAUCCUGUUUUUUCGCUCCUCAAACCGAGGCAAGCUGAACAAUACCAGAUCCGAAAAAUGAAACCACUCGGAAAUGUCAUUCUAGUUUACCAAAGUUUUCUGUCUCUUGUGCUGGUCGUGUGCUCGAUCAGAGGGGACUACUGUGAGGUGAACCGGUGUCUGAACGGAGGGACCUGUGUGACCGGAGUGGGAGAGGACCCCUUCAUCUGCAUCUGUGCAGACGGCUUCACAGGAGACACCUGCAACCUCACAGAGACUGGCCCCUGCAGCCCUAACCCCUGCCAGAAUGAUGGGACCUGUGAGGUGCUGGCUCCCACGAGACGAGGGGACGUUUUUAAUGAGUAUCUCUGCCGCUGCCAGCCGGGAUUCGAGGGAGUGCACUGCCAGAUCAAUGUAAACGACUGUGUCAACCAGCCAUGUAAGAACGGGGGGCACUGCAGGGACCUAGAUGGAGACUACACGUGUCUGUGCUCCUCCCCCUAUGUGGGCAAGCAGUGUCAGCUACGCUGCAUCUCCUUGCUGGGCAUGGAGGGUGGUUCUAUCGUGGAAUCACAGAUCUCCGCCUCCUCGGUGCACUACGGUAUCGUGGGACUUCAGCGCUGGGGCCCAGAGUUAGCCCGACUCAACAACCAGGGUAUCGUCAACGCCUGGACAUCAGCUACCCAUGACCGCAAUCCCUGGAUCCAAAUCGACAUGCAGAAGACAAUGAGGCUCACGGGGAUUAUCACCCAGGGAGCCAGCCGAUUGGGUGCAGCAGAGUUCAUCAAAGCCUAUAAGAUCACAUACAGCUUGGAUGGCCAGAGCUACAACACCUAUAAAGCAGAGGGCCAGAGAAGGGACAAGGUCUUUGUGGGGAACAUGGACAAUGACAGCACCAAGACCAACCUGUUUGACCCUCCCAUCGUGGCACAGUACAUCCGCAUCAUCCCGGUGGUGUGCCGUCGAGCCUGCACCCUGCGCAUGGAGCUGGUGGGCUGUGAGCUCAACGUGUAUUCGAGCACAGCAGGUUGCUCGGAGCCGUUGGGGAUGAAGUCUCGCCUGAUCUCGGAUAAUCAGCUGUCGGCGUCCAGCUCACACCGCACAUGGGGGAUCGACACGUUCACCUGGCACCCGCAGUAUGCCCGCCUAGACAAGCAGGGCAAGACCAACGCCUGGUCACCUGCCAACAACAACCACUCCGAGUGGCUCCAGGUGGAUCUUGAGAAGACGAAGCGCAUCUCGGGCAUCAUCACACAGGGUGCAAAGGACUUUGGCGUGGUGCAGUUUGUGUCUGUGUUCAAAGUGUCUUACAGCAACGAUGGACAGAGCUGGAGAGUGCUGAAGGAUGAGGGGACGGGAGAGGAUAAGCUGUUCAGAGGCAACGUGGACAACAACACUCACAAGAAGAAUGUGUUUGAGCCGCCGUUUUAUGCCCGUUACGUGCGCAUCCUGCCCUGGCAGUGGCACGAGCGCAUCACCCUGCGCAUGGAGCUCCUAGGCUGUGAUGACUAGUCCUACUUCAGUCCCUCCAGCCACAUCAAGCCUCCCUCCAGCCCCCUCAGCCUGCCUCUAGCCCCAUCCAGCCCUCAAAGACCCCCCUUCAACCCCCUCAGUCCUUCUCAGCCAACUCAACGCUUCUCUAGACCCCUUCCAUCUCCCUCAGCCCCCCUAAGACCCUGUCAACCCCUCUCAGGCCCGCCUUACACCUUCAGCCUCUCACAGGCCAACUCAAGCCCUCCUCAGGCCCCUUCCAGUCCUCCCUUAGGUCUUCCUCAGGCCCCCUGCAGCCUCGCUCCAGUGCCCUCUGGUUUCCUCUUCGGUCCCUCUCAGCCCUUCUUGAGCCUCCCUCCAGUCCCUCAGGCCCCCUUCAGUCCCCUCAAGCCCCCUCAUGCCCCUCACAGUCCUCCUCCAUCUCCUUCAGUCCUCCACAAGCCCGUCGCAGACCCCCUCCAGCCCCCCAGCCCCCCAGGCCCUCCGCAGCCCCCGUCCAGUUCCCUCAGGAUCCCUCAAGUCCCCCAGGCCCCUUCCAGCCGCCAUGUUCAUGUUUUAAACGUAACAGUUGCAAGUUAAAUUUUCACUAACAGCAUAUGUAUAGCAUAGGGAAAUAAAUGUUUACUUAAUGUAAGUAGGGCUGCACUACAUGUGAAAAACACAAUACCUUGCAACAUUGAUUAGUAUUGAUAUAUACUAUAUAUUGAAAAUAUUUGAAUAUACUUUAGUAGUUUAGCUGUUCAAAAAAAUGGCUUAAAGAGGGUGUAUUAAGCAAAAUCCACUUUUUUCUACCAUGUUAUAACAAUGUUCCCUCAUCAAAAAUAUGCCUGAAGAGGUUUUAGAUAUCAUUCAUGCAUGUCUAAGUAUUUAAGCGAUCUCUCCCGAGCCCUAUUUGAACCCUCCUUAUAGUGAGCUGUACAGUUCUGUUGAAAACUCAGCCCACAAGCCUACAUCAUCCAUGUUCCCACGCAUCAAUUCUUCAUAAAUAUAUAAAAGCAUGAUACAAAACAAUACACUAAAAUUUGACAAACCUGAUGUGCUGUAGUUUCAUCAACAGGAUGCACACUGGUUGUGAUAGCGCUUUGACGGGGGAGUGUGGAAAGGUGGGGGGACACAUCAAAAACAAAAGUAAAACUUAGUGAACAUGUUAAUACAAUACAUUGUUUUAUGCAAAUAUAGCCUCAAAACAAUAAAAUGAAACAUGAUUAUCUAAAUAUGUUACGUGUUUACUAUUAUUACUCCAUAGAAGUGUAAUAUACCCUCUUUAACAAGACCAAAACAAGGCAGCAAGUUAGACUAAAUUAAGAAAAUCUGACUUAGUUUCUUAGGAUAUUGAUUAUUCUAUUACAAACUGCUCAUAUUUUUACACUGCCAGUUUUCUAGUUAAAAUAUUUGACACAGUUUUGUCUACACAGGUGUUGCAUUUUCAAAAUAUCUGGAAUUGUUUACAGUAAAUGUGAAGUAUUAGAAGUGGUUUUAAGUUUUUUGGUUUUUAAAAAAAUAUAUAUAUUCUUUGUGGAUCUGUAACUGUCAUCAAAUAAACAGUUGUAAAAGGUU